UGAUAAACUUAUUGACGAAUCGCAAUACUUGGAUACUGCAAAAGUGUUACGAUGGAUGGAGAGUGUGGUUGCCGUGGCCUUAAACGAAUUUGAAAAAAAGGAUAACGAAGCUGUAUUCAAAACUCCUUGCGGGACACUUCUUGCAAAAAUCUGCAAAGGAGGGCCUGCCUUCACAUUAAAAGUGCACGGAAAUAUAAACGGAAGAAAUAUAUCUAUGGACGUAGAUCUCGUUCCGUGUUUUAUUUUUGGAAAAGAGAAGUGGCCCGUAAAUGGGUUCAGGUCUAACCCCGUACCGAAAAAGCCCGAAUACUUCAUCGUCCCAAAACCGCUGAAGGGAGUUUCAAAGGGUAGCAGAUAUUGGCGUCUAUCAUUCCAAGAACAAGAAAGGGUUAUAAUCGAUUCUAAGUCAAAUCUGAAACCUGCCGUAAAAUUCCUAAAAAAACUGAGAGAUAACAUGGAUCACAAGUGUAUUGCAAGCUACUAUAUUAAAACAGUGAUAUUGUGGCAAACAGAAAAGAGAGAUGAGACUUUUUGGAAUGGAGCUCUGAGUUACGUUUUCAUGAACAUGCUAAAAGAAUAUUAUAACUGUCUACAAGCUGGAAAAAUAAACUAUUUUUGGAAUAAAAAUAAUAAUUUAUUAAAAAAUAUAAAACCAGAGACAAUAUCGAAUGUAAGUAACAGGAUCAAAGCCAUUAUUGACGACAUCGAGAAACAUCCAGAGAAUCCGUUGCUUGUGGCUAAAUAUUUAUGUACAAAUUCUGAAUUUAUCCAGUUUCAGAAACAAUUAUCCACAAAUAAUGAAUUAAGUCUUCUAAUGUCCAAGGCCAAAAUAUAAAAAUUCCCAAAAAGUUUGUGACAUAAAUAUGAUUUUAAAUAUUUUGCUAUAUUACGUAUUUUAAUUAUAUUAAACUAAUAAUUGUAAGACGAUGAUUUAUACGAUGUGUAUAUUUUUACAACAGAAUAUAUUAUUUAUACGAAAAA